AUGAUCGAGUUCCACAACUUCCGCAACGCUAACCACAAGCAGGCAUCGAACAUGGUUCCAGUGGCGCCGAAGGUUCCCAAGACGCUGGAAGAAAAGAACGAGACGUCGCGUCUUAUUGUGGUGCUGGAGGCAGCUUCGCUAGAGACAUACAAGGUGGGCAAGAGCGCAAACGCCAAAUAUCAGCUGCUGAACUGCGACGACCACCAGGGAAUUCUGGCUCGGAUGGGUCGGGACAUUGCCGAGUCGCGGCCCGACAUUACGCACCAGUGCCUUUUGACUCUGCUGGACAGCCCUCUGAACAAAACGGGUCGGCUGCAGGUGUAUAUUCACACGUCGUCUGACGUGCUCAUUGAGAUCAACCCGCAGGUGCGCAUUCCGCGUACGUUCAAGCGGUUCUCUGGUCUGAUGGUGCAGCUUCUGCACAAGCUGUCAAUCCGGGCGGUGAAUGGGCAUGAUAAGCUGCUCAAGGUGAUCAAGAACCCAGUGUCACAGUACUUCCCCCCGGGUGCGCUCAAAAUGACGUUCUCGUACGAUGCACCGACCGUGCAUCUGCAGACAUGGCUGCGCCGGAAGCUGAAGUCGAACCAGAACAUCGUCGUGGCAAUUGGUGCGCUGUCGCACGGAAAGGAUGACUUUGCUGAUGCGUAUGUCGACGAGAAAAUCGGCAUCUCCGAGUACCCGCUCAGUGCCUCAGUUGCAUGUGGUAAGCUCACCUGUGCGCUGGAGGACAUCUGGGGCAUUCUCUAA